UGGUUUAUUCCUGUUGAAUGUUUUCCAAGUAAAGAUUGAUUUACUGCUUCCAAUGAAUAGAAUCGAAAUGAGCACACUUCAAGAAAUUUUGAUUUUAUGUUAUCUUUUCUUCAAUUUUACUCAAGUUUUAUCAUCUGGAAUAGAGCUUAAAAACUUUUAUCCUUACGGAAUUGAUAAUGGAGAUACGCUUGUACCAACCAAUGAUGACGGAAGCUCCGGUCGUGUUGACAUCUCAUCUCCUUUUCCUUUCUUCGACCAAAAUCACAACUCCUUGUUUGUAAAUACGAACGGAGCCAUAUCCUUCAUUCGGCAAGUUUCACAAUUUACACCAGAUCCUUUUCCACUUGACAAUAAUCGCCGUUUGAUCGCACCAUUCUGGGCAGAUGUUGACACAAGACGAGGAGGCAAUGUUUCCUACAGAGAGAGUAAUGAUUUCUCUAUUCGAGCUCGUGUAUCAGAUGAAAUUCGAAGAUAUUUUGUUCGUCAGCGAGCAUUUUUUGCUUCGUGGGUUUUUGUUGCAACAUGGUCAAACGUGGGACAUUUUGGUAGUUUUUCAAAGUUGCAGAAUACUUUUCAAACAAUAUUGGCAACAAAUGGAAUCAGCUCUUUUGCAAUAUUUUACUACAACAAAAUUGAAUGGACCUAUGGAACAGCCAGCCGUAAUACUGAAGCCCAGGCUGGUUUUAACGCAGGUGAUGGUAUUCGAUACUUCAACAUCCCAAAUUCUAGAACGCCUGCCAUUAUUAACAUUACCUCAACAUCAAACUAUAAUAAGCCGGGCUUCUGGAUAUUUCAAGUGGAUGGAGAGACUGUUCAAAAUCAGGGAUGCACAAUGAGUGGAGAUUUAGUGCUCUCACCAAGGUCAGGAAAUGAGUUAGGAGGAACUGAAGUAUACAUUGGUGGACCAUGUUUUGAUGCUAAACAGGUUAUUGUUUGUCGAUUCAACAAAACUAUUGAGACCGGUGGUGAAUACGUGAGUCCAGAGUUAGCAACUUGUAUAACACCAUCGUUUUACGUUGUUGGACGUAUCCCAGUGGAGUUGUCGUUAGAUGGUGGAGCAACAUACAACUUUACUGGAACGUUUAGAUCAAUUUCAUUAGGAAGAAUAAAACCAGACAUCCAAGGGCUUGAAGUAAAGCAUUGGGCUAAUUCUUCCAAAACGAUUUUGACUUGGAAUAAAUACGCAAUCAACGCAUCUCACAUAAAUAUUGAAAUUUUUCAAUUUGAUGAUGUGGAGCAUCGUCUUAAGCAAGACGUUCUAGCUACCUUUCAACAUGUACCUAAUUCAGGCAGAUAUCAACUUGAUUUUAGUGAGAAAAGUAUUGCUGCCAAAUCAAGAAACAAUACGACAAAAAGAAAUUUGAAUGACAGACCAUCCAUCGCCAUUGUUAGCAUCACAGCUUCUGUUGUUCGACAAAAAAGAUUUUUUAAAUUUCUUGGCAAACUAUUCAAACGACUUUUUAGUCCUAUUUUUAUGUUGCAUGUGGUUGGAGAAAUUUACUGCAGAACCUGGCAUGCUUUACAAGAUGCAAAUAAAAUUGCAAGAUUACAAAAUGAGUUACCCGCAUGCCCCAGAAGCUUACAGCAAGCAAGAGCAGAUGAGCAAUUUUUAGAAGACAAAGGAGUGAAAAUAAUUUUAAGUAAAUUUUUUCACCCAGGGAGUGAGUCUUGUUUUCGCUCUCGAAAUCCCAGUCCAUCAGGAGCUGGUCAGCAGUGUUGUUAUGAUUCUUUAAAUCGAUUAAUAGUGGGGCCUCCUGGUGGAGGAUCACUUGAUGUUGUAUCGCCAGAUAAAAGUACAUUCAGUCAUUUUUUACAAGAUGUCGUGCCCUGGAUCGCUUGUUGUAAACUAUCACUUUUUGAUAAUUGUGCAAAAUACUAUCAAAGACGGCCCUCAGACGAUGGAUCCAGAUAUUUAGCUCCUCCUAUUGCUGAUACUAGAGGAGAUCCACAUUUGUCUACGUUUGAUGGAACGUUUUACACAUUCAAUGGAUACGGCGAGUAUAUUCUACUAAAUAUCGAGAAUGGUGAAGAACUAAAAUUUCAGGGAAGAAUGACAUCAAUAUUGAAUUCACGUGGUGCUAGUACAAGAGCUACAGCGUUGACAGCACUGGCAAUAAAAAACGCGGAAAGUGAUGUUGUGCAGGUUGAGUACAACAGCCGACGAUCAAUUGUUGCAUUUGUCAAUGGAGGAAAGGUGGAAUUUGAUGAGCAAAGAAGACUUGAUUUCAGCAACGUUUUCAUGAUUAAACACAAUCGAACAGAAAUCGGAAUUUACUUUUCUUCUGGAGUUUCUGUUGAAAUAAAAUCAAUAGAAACUUUUUUAACCUACCAGAUUGCAAUCCCAACAACUUUUAAAGGAAAAACGUCUGGCCUUCUUGGAUUUUGGGAUGGAAGCAAAGAGCGAGAAUUUUGUUGCCAAAUGGAAGUUUCAUUCAAACAAAUACAAAUUAUCGAACGCUUCAUUACGAAUUUGGUCAAAAUGGAUUGUUCAGCGAAACAAAAGUCUUUUUACAUACCAUGGUGGGAAAAGUUACGAGUCUUUUGUUGAUUAUGGAUUUACUCCUGUCUUCUUGGAUGAAACAAACUUGCAUUUCUCCAACCUAAGAUUGGAGAGGGAGGCAAACUCUGUUUGUGGCAAAAAUAAGGAAUGCUUGUUUGACGUUGCUGUUACUGGAAAAGUGAAUAUCGGUAAGGCAACUUUGGAAUCGCUCAGUGAACUCGAAAAAAGAAGAAAUCAAUCAAAAGUGGUCUUAGAUCCUGUUAUAUUUGGUUGUGACGGUGUACAGAAUAGUGGAAAAACUCCAGAUUUUUGUGGUGUUUGUGGAGGCAACAACGCAACAUGUACGGAUUGUGAUGGUCAUAUACGCUUGGGUUUUGUUAACAAUGAAUCAUGUGAAGAAGGAAAAUCUUUGAUGUUUUAUCUUCUUGCUGUUGGACUUCCAGUUCUUGGUGGACUUUUAUUUUUGGCAAUUUUUGGUUUAUAUUGUAUAUGCAGCAGAAAGAAUUCUAAGAAGUCUGAUGCUAGCAACAAGUCUACUGUAUCUAGUCACAGUAAUAAUGCAUAUCAGUAAUAAGUUUCAUUCUUAUAGUGUUUAUCAGCAGCCUUGAUAUGCUUAUUCUCGUCUUAUUGGUUUAAGAAUAUACAUUCUGCAGUCAAUAUUUUCUUUUGUUGAACAGCACUUUUAAAUAAUUAUACAUUUUAGUCAAUACUUAUUAAGUAAAAACUUCCUUCGUUGAUUAUUAAUUUUGUAACCACCAGUAAACAUUACGUAAUAUGUAAUUUCAUGUUUAUUCUUAACUUAAUGUAUCACAGAAUAUUUAAAUAGCUUUAGAAUUCAUCUGCAUUAAUAAUCCUUCACAUUUUGCUAUAUAUCAUUAAAAAACAUGCCUUAACGUAA